AUGCUUCAUGAAAGCAGACUGAGGCCAAUCGUUCGACGUGGUGAACGAGGCAAAUUUUUUCGAAUGGACCAAAAAGAGCCAAUCCUGACAGGCUGUUUGGAAUUUGAAUCACACAGUCCAAGGCACAGGUCGACUCCAAAGACGCAUUUGGUCGAGGUGCAAACAGAUCCUCAUUUGAGCACAAACGCAGCGACAACCAGCACAAACGUGAAAACAUCUGUAGUGACAAACACAGAUGGAUGUAAUCACCCGCUUACAAUGGGUCGUCGGUUCAAUCAAUAUAAAUCUGAACAUCGAAGGCAUAAAGCUUGCCAGGGUGGCAUGGCUUCGACGAGCAAGAUAAAAUUGUUCGGUGAAAUAUCCUCAAUUAGGGGCGUGCAACGAAUAUUCCGAGCAGAAACACCAUUCAUUCGAGUUUUGUGGAUUUUGUUCGUGGUCUCGAUGACCUGCCUGUUGGCAAUCUCUUCAUUCAUGCUCAUUGUGGACUAUUUGCAGUACACAACCUCGUGGCACACACGCAGUCUCCCGGAUGAUCGGGCUGAAUUUCCCGCCAUUACCCUGUGUGCGCACAAUCCAUUCUCCUUGAAAGCCAAUAGGUUAUGGAGCACAGGUGAAGUGAUCGCUCCGAAUCAGGUCAAAUCACGCAUGGCCUCUGUCUCGUUGGAAAUGUUAAAUCGGAAUGAGGUGGAAAAUUCUGUGUGGUUAGCUCUGAGUGACUCCUUUGAGUUUUAUUACACUAACUUAGAUCAGGAAGACAGUAAAAAAAUCAGCCACGAUUUUGCCAUUAUUCCACAUUGUAUCCUCUACUCAUCCACACAUUCCGUUGUUGCUGAGAAAUGUGAAAUGGAACAUAUCACCCCGAUGAUUCGACGGAAUUUCUCGCAUCCGAAAUAUUUCAAUUGCCUGACCAUCGAAGGGCGUGGCGAUCAGAAUACUUCCGACAUUUCUCGCCUGGUCCUAUUAGCACACUUGGUUCCGUCCAGUCAGAUUGUUGAAGCCAAGUCCUCAUUCAUUAUGGAUACAUUCACACGAGGUGAGGGAAUCAAAGUGGUUGUCCACGAACGGAACACCUAUCCACAGAUUGAAAAAUACGGUUUCAACGUACAACCUAAUCGAAUGAAUGAGAUAAUUUAUGAGACCAUUUCAUGGAAACGCUUGUCCACUUCGGUUGCACCAUGCAAAGAUGCCCAAUUACCAGUGAGUGACUUAGACUCAAACUAUACUUACGAGAUGAGUCAAUGUUUGGACAUUGCUGUCCAGGCUGAAAUGAUUCGACGUUGUGGAUGCAUGAAUUCCGAAUGGCCGCGUCCGAAACAAAUGUUGCGGCGUCGCAUCCCUUACUGCACUACUAUCGAUCGCAAUAGCACCGUUGAGGCUGCAGCUACUGUGCUAGUCAAUCGCCUGAGUGUGACUUCAUGGGAACCCAGUUCGGUAAAACUAUCUUCUUAUACGGAUAACUAUCGUUUUGCUGAAGGAUUUCUUACACAACCGGAUAAAGAGGAGAGGAAAAAAGCGUUGAGUGACUACUUACAAAGCAUUAUCGAUCCGACUAAGAAUCGAUCGUCAGGUGAUCAGAUCGAGAAGUCCGGUGACUUCAAGCAAUUUGGUGAUGGAACAUACACGUACAUAAGUCUUAUUCGACGAGAUUUUGACACCACUUUAAAAGAGGAACGCCUGGUUUUUGACGCACAUAUUCUCUUGUCUCGAAUAGGUGGACUAUGCUCUCUCUGUAUUGGGCUAACAAUGGCUUUCUUUAUUGAAAUCAUUGAGUUCAUCUAUGCAAUAUGCCACUACGAUUCGUCCUAUCACAAAAAUCACAAUGCCGUGGGUCAAAAUAAUUCAACUGAUAUGAACAGUAUCAGGAACAACUAUCUCUCUGUCGAUGCGUUCGCAGAUCCGUAUAUGGAAGCGGAUUUUACAAGACAAGGGAAAGCAGGUGAUCAAAUAUACAACUCCAAUUCCUCAACUAAAGGUGUGGGCCGUUCGAAGUCAAUCACGUUCUGUUGA